CCCGACCAAGAACUACCACGGCGUCGGCCGCCUCCCAGGAUCUCCAACUGCCGAUUCCACAACCGAAUUUGUCGUAACGCCAUCUCGAUCGACGCACCGGUGAAGAGUCGAGGCCCAAAAGGUCGUUCCUUUUCCACUCAGCUGCCAUGGCGGAGCCCCAAGGCGGGGCUCAGCGGCCUCCGCCGCGGCCGGCGAUAGCCCUCCCUUCACGCUCCUCCAUGGAGAGCCUGUUCCGCCCCGCCGACGUCAGCCCCGGCCUGUCGAGCCUCUUGGCGGACCCCGACCUGGAGUAUCCGUCCUUCUCGCAGCUCCUCGCCGGCGCCAUAGGGCCUCUGGCGUCGGCGCCGCCGCCAUUCUGGCACGAAGCGAGAAGGGAGUCCGGAGGAGGAGCAAAUGAAGUGGCUUUGAGCCUGGGGCAAAGCCGACCGGUAAAUCUUACGGCAACGCGGCUGCCGCUCAUCACGUUCCCUUCGGGGAUCAGCCCAUCGAGCUUGUUCCAAUCUCCUCCUUCACUCUUCUCCCCUGCGCAGGGACAGUAUGGAAUAUUGAAUCAGCAGAACCAACCCCAAGCUACAGUUCAGGCUGCACGGUCUCAUGCAUAUGAUCCAACUUCAUAUUCUUCUACUCUCUCUGCAGCACCAGCAACAACAGCAGUAGCCUCCUUGAGACACCUGCCGACGCCUUUUAAUCUCUCCUCAGCGCAGCAGAUGCCCCAAUAUAACUCCACUUCUGAAUCUGCACAUGGUGAUAGAAGAUCUCAACCUUCAACCCUUGUUGUUGACAAACCUGCUGAUGAUGGCUACAAUUGGCGAAAAUAUGGGCAGAAGCAGGUGAAAGGUGGUGAAUAUCCUCGGAGCUACUACAAAUGUACGCAUCAGAAAUGCCCAGUUAAGAAGAAGGUCGAGCGUUCUUUUGAUGGGCAAGUGACUGAAAUAGUUUACAAGGGACAGCACAAUCAUCAGCCACCUCAGCAGAAUCGGCAUGCAAAGGAAGGUGGUAGCUUGGCAAGCGGGUCUAAUGGUUCAAAACCUGAACCUGCUUCACAAGGUCUCUAUGAAAGUUUCGGCAAAUCAAGCGAGACUACAUACAAGAGAAACUUGGAAUCUGAUCAUGACUCAAGCAAGUAUAUAUCGGAUUCUAGUGAUGAUGAAGAAGCUGGAGAAAUUGCAAUGAGGACAGAUGAAUUGGAUGAGAAUCAGCCAGAUUUAAAGAGGAGGAAAAUGGACAUCAGAAACAACCAAUCAGCAUCAUACUGUACAGUGACAGAGCCUAAAGUUAUUUUUCAAACAACAAGUGAAGUUGAUCUUUUGGAUGAUGGUUAUAGGUGGAGGAAAUAUGGGCAAAAAGUGGUGAAAGGAAAUCCUCAUCCCAGGAGCUACUACAAGUGCACUAAUUCUGGAUGCAACGUAAGGAAGCAUGUCGAAAGAGCUUCAACUGAUCCUAAAGCGGUUAUAACAACAUACGAGGGGAAACAUAACCAUGAUGUGCCAGCAGCAAGAAGCAGCAACCACAGCAUGCUGAAUGCCAAUGCUUCUGCAAGCAUCAUCUCUCCAAACACUCUUCAUAACUAUUCUAGAAAUCAGAUUUCCCUUGGUAGCACAGAUUUAGGACACAAUAUCGAACGGCCAGUGGCGAUCCAGCUGAAAAAAGAACGUGAUGGUGUCUAGUUUUCCAAGUGACUUGCGUGAAUACUUGUAGGAUUAUUAUUGUCUUCCAAUUUUUUUCUGAAAUGAUGGACAUCACGGGACGACCUCAAUCAUCAUCCGCAUUGAGGCAUGUUUGAAAAAAGAACAUCAAUCAUCAUCUAAAUGGCGGCGGGGUUGGAAAACUUGAUAAGAUCUGCGUUUGAGAGUUGUGCAGCCUGUAACCAAAAAGUACAAUGUGUGUUGUUUGUACUAGUUGUUGUAUUAUUCUUGCCUUAUACAUCUUUUAUCAGUAUCGAGUUCAGAAUACUAGUUUAGCAUUUUUGUACAGCUUGCAUGUUCUACACAGAAAAGUAAUGGCAUGUAAGUGAAGAAUUCCUGAA